AUGUCAAUAUUACCGCCAAUAAAUUUUCCAAAAUGGCUUGAAGAGAAUUUAGACAAAUUACAACCGCCGGUGAAUAAUUUUCUAUUGCAAAAAGGAGAUUUUAUUAUUAUGAUUGUGGGAGGACCUAAUGCUCGUACAGAUUAUCACGAAUGGUUUUAUCAAUAUAAAGGGGAUAUGGUUCUUAAGAUAGUUGAUGGUGAAGAGUUUAAAGAUAUCUCUAUUAAGGAAGGAGAUAUGUUUUUGUUACCUGGUAAUACACCACAUAAUCCUGUCCGUUUUGCUAAUACAAUUGGAAUUGUUAUUGAACGAAAUCGUAGACCUGAGGAAAUUGAUCGUCUUCGAUGGUAUUGUGAUAAUUGUAAAGGAAUAGUUUAUGAAGAAUCAUUUCAUUGUUUUGAUUUGGGAACUCAAUUGAAACCAAUUAUUCAAAAGUAUGCCGCAGAGGAAAAAUUACGAACGUGCAAAUCUUGCGGUCACGUAAAUAAAGCGAAAUAA